GUGUGGUCGGGUUAAGCAGAUCCAGAGUGGGUCUAGAAGAAGAAUGACCCGCAGAGAGAAGCAGCAGGUGAUUGCUGGGUGGUGUUCAGGUCUCUAAUCCGCGUUUGCUCAUGCCCGAGUCUCCGGAGGCUGCAAACUGACCAGCAGGUCUCUGGUGUUCAGUCAUGGAACGUGAUGAUCAUCUCUUCAUCGUCCUCCUGGGAAAGUCUGGAGUGGGUAAAAGUUCUUCAGGAAACACCAUAUUAGGACGAGCAGCCUUUGAGUCUAAACCCGGCUUCGGACCAGUGACUAAGGAGAUCUCCAUGAAAACAGGAAGUAUGUUUGGGAAGCAGAUUCUAGUGAUGGACACUCCAGACAUAUUAGGAUCAGAGCAGCACAUUCAGACCUUCUGUCAGUGUGUCCUGCAGGACUCCAGCCCUGUUCUGUUCCUGCUAGUGAUCAGAGUGGGUCGGUUCACUGAGGAGGACCUGAAGGCCGUUAAUGCAGCGAGCAGAGUGAUCGGGCCUCACAGGCUGGAGAAAUGUUACCUGCUCUUCACAGGUGGAGAUGAACUCAAGACAUCAGUGGACGAUUAUAUUUCAAAGGAAAAAAAAAGUUCACUUCCAGGUGUUGUCGAAAGGUUUUCAAGGAGAACUCACUUGUUCAACAACAAAGAUAAAAGACGGGAACAAGUCAGAGAGCUGCUGAUGAAGACGGGAGAUUUCUCAGCAGAUGUGAAGUCUCCUCUACCCAUCACACAUUACAGAGAGAGGCUACAGUCAAACCUUCAGGUCAGCUUUAAGUACAAACAAGAAGGCUGGACACCAAAGAAAGAUGAGAAGAACCUGGACGACAUCUACACUAAACUCUACAUCACUGCUGGAGGAGAAACACACACCACUAGCCAGUUCAGGCAGAUUGAAAUGGCCUCUGGAAAGCCUGCAGGAACUGAAAUCAACAACAUCUUCACACACCCUUCUGGCAUUAAAAAGAGUAUAAGAACUGUGCUGACUGCUGGGGAGGCAGGAAGCGGUAAAACUUUCCUUGUGCACAAGUUUUUGUUGGAUUGGGCAGAAAAAAGAACCAAUCAGGAUGUGGGUUUGAUUUUCCCUUUAACUUUUAGAAGGCUAAAUUCAUUACAAGAGAAAAAGGUAAGCUUUGCCAAACUCAUUCAUUCAUGUAUACCUGCAACUAGGGACAUGAAUGAAGGGGAUCUUAAUACCAUCUUCACAACAUGGCAGACACAAGGAACUCUAGCCCUUAAGAAGAGUGAAUAUAAAAUUCUGUUUGUGUUGGAUGGGCUAGAUGAGAGUCGCCUUCAGCUGGACUUCACUGAUGAUGAUGAUGCAACUAUUGAUGUCACAGAGUCCACCUCAGUGGAUGUGCUGCUGACAAACCUCAUCAAGGGGAAACUGCUUCCCUCUGCUUGUAUCUGGAUAACCACACGACCUGCAGCAGCCAGUCAGAUCCCUCCUGAUUUUGUAGAUAUGGUGACAGAGGUCAGAGGGUUCACUGACCCACAGAAGGAGGAGUACUUCAGGAGGAGAUUCAGAGAUGAGGAGCAGGCCAGCAGGAUCAUCUCCCACAUUAAGACAUCACGAAGCCUCCACUUCAUGUGCCACAUCCCAGUCUUCUGCUGGAUCACUGCUACAGUUGUGCAGGAGGCAGGAGGAGAACUUCCUGAGACCCUGACUGAGGUUUACAUAGAACUCCUCAAUGUUCAGAUCAAACAUUUGAAACCAAGAUAUGGUUUUGAAAAAAGCAUCCAGUGCAUUAAGAUGAUUACAAAAUUGGCCUUUAAGCAGCUGGAGAAGGACAGCCUGAUGUUCAGUGAAGAAGAACUAACAGAGGACAAAAUUACUUUGACUGGAGUCUCUGUGUAUCCAGAGAUGUUCUCAUGGCUCUUCAAAGAGGAACAUCAGCUGAAGAAGGGCAGGAGCAAAGUAUUCAGCUUUGUCCAUCAGAGUGUAGUGGAGUUUCUGGCUGCUCUGUUUGUGGCCUUAGAAUCUGAUAUUAAAAACAUGGAGGCUAAAUCACAGGACUGUUUGAUGAGAACUGUAAAUAAUUUCAGCCAAACACGUCUACCAGAGAUCUACAGCAACACUGUUGACAAAGCCAUACAGAGUCUGGAUGGACAUCUGGACUUGUUCCUCCGCUUCAUCCUGGGCCUUUCACUGCACGCCAACAAACCUCCUUUACAAGACCUGCUCACACAGACAGGAAGUAGCUCACAGACCAUUAAGCUGACAGUAGACUAUGUGAGGAAGAAGGUCAGAGAAAAUCCAUCUCCUGAGAGAAGAAUCAGCUUGUUCCUGUGUCUGAAUGAGCUGAAGGAUGGUUCUCCAGUGGAGGAGAUCCAGCAAUUCCUGAAAUCAGGAACAGUCUUAGGUGAUCUGUCUCCUGCUCAGUGGUCAGCGCUGGUCUUCAUUAUACUGUCAUCACAAAAAGAUCUGACUGUGUUUGAUCUGAAACACUACUCUGCUUCAGAAAAGGCUCUUCUGGGGCUGCUGCCAGUGGUUGAAGCCUCCAACAAAGCUCUGCUGAAUGGCUGUAACCUCUCAGAGAGGAGCUGUGAAGCUCUGUGUUCACUUCUCGGUUCCAAAUCCUGCAGUGUGACAGAGCUGGACCUGAGUAACAACAAGCUGCAUGAUUCAGGAGUGAAGCUGAUUUCUUCUGUACUGAAUAAUCCACAGUGUAAACUGCAAACUGUCAGACUAAGGGGCUGUAACCUGUCAGAGAGAAGCUGUGAUUACCUGUCCUCAGUUCUCAGCUCCCCGUCCUGCAGUCUGACAGAGCUGGACCUGAGACACAACAACCUGGGACUGUCAGGAAAGAAGCUGUGUGAAAGCUCUACAAAGGCCACUGUCCGGAUGAGUAAUGUCUCACUGAAAGAUAUCAUCUCCAAGAGUGAUCAGAAAUCUGAUGGACCUCCUGCUGUCUACCAGCUGAGAGCAAAGAAACAGAAGAUUGGAACUCUGACAAGAAUGACUGUUGGAGAAAAACAUCCUGGGAAGACAAAUAAAACCAUCUUACUUGUGGGAGAAACAGGAGCAGGAAAAUCUACUCUGAUCAAUGCUCUGCUCAACUACACCAUGGGAGUGAAGUGGGAGGAUGACAUCUGGUUUACCAUCGUAGAGGAGGAGAAAAAGGAAUGUCAGACAGAAAGUCAGACAUCAGAUGUGAUCAUGUACGAGAUCUUUGGGUUUGAAGAUGAAACUUUGCCCUAUUCUCUGACCAUCAUCGAUACUCCUGGAUAUGGAGACACCAGAGGGAUUGAACAUGAUGACACCAUCAAUCACAGAUUAUUGGACUUGUUUCGAUCAGAGGAUGGAGUCCAUGAAAUUAGUGCAGUGGGUCUGGUGAUGAAGGCGAGUGAUAAUCGACUUAGUGAUCGACUGAUGUACAUCUUUGAUUCAGUGACGUCUCUGUUUGGAAAAAACUUGGAGAAAAACAUUGUAGCUCUGAUCACACACUCAGAUGGGAUAAACCCUAAAAACCCUCUUCAAGCUCUUCAAGCUGCAAACAUUAAAUGUGCCAAAAAUAGGAAGAAUAAGCCUGUUUACUUCCUCUUUAAUAACUGCCAGCAUAAAAACCAGAGAGAAAAAUACCAGAAAAAAAAUUAUAAAAACUCAGAGAGAGGAAUGAGCGGGUUCACAGCCUUCCUAACAGAAGCAACACCUCUAAUGCGAGAGGCGACACCUGAAAGUAUCAGACUGACAGCCUGCAUCCAAAACCUGCAAGAAAGAAUCAGAUUCACUGAAGUAAAACAAAGAGAGAUGAAACUGAGUCAGGAAGCUGUGGAGAAACAUGACAACAUGAACAAUGAAGAGGUAACUCCAUGUGUAGUUUUUAAACAUAAAGAACUUAUUAGAGAAGUGAUUGGUUGGCCCGGGUUUAAAGCAGCUGUCAGCUGUACAGUCUGUGAAGAGAACUGUCACUAUCCUGGAUGCACGGUGCUCUUAAAUCACUGUGAGGUCUUUAGAGAUGGUCACUGCACGUCAUGUACCAACAAGUGUCCUGCAUCAGUGCAUGUGAAAGAAAACUGGAGAUAUGUGACCAGGAUAAAGAGAGGUCAGAAGAACGAACCACCAACUAAAGAGAAGGAUGUUCAUUUACUUGGAAAGGAAAUGAACCGACUGACAGCGGAGAAGUCACAGUUCCUGGAUGAGUCCUACCAGCAUAUUGUCAGACUGGAGCAGAUCGCUCUAAAAGCUGAUUCAGUGUCCACUAUUGUCCACUUGGACUUUCUGAUUGAGAAGAUGAAGGAGAAAGGAGACACAGAGGGGGCCAGGAAACUGGAGGAGAUGAAAAGGAGAGAGGAUGAAGGAACCAAAGAAUCACGGAGGAUUAGUUUGAUCUCAUCACUCUAUGAAGACAUCAUCUUAAACAGUUAUCUCAUCAGUUCACAAUCUCCUGCUGUUUAUCAGCUAAGAGCAAAGAAACAGAAGAUUGGAACUCUGACAAGAAUGACUGUUGGAGAAAAACAUCCAGGGAAGACAAAUAAAACCAUCUUACUUGUGGGAGAAACAGGAGCAGGAAAAUCUACUCUGAUCAAUGCUCUGCUCAACUACACCAUGGGAGUGAAGUGGGAGGAUGACGUCUGGUUUACCAUCGUAGAGGAGGAGAAAAAGGAACGUCAGACAGAAAGUCAGACAUCAGAUGUGAUCAUGUACGAGAUCUUUGGGUUUGAAGGUGAAACUUUGCCCUAUUCUCUGACCAUCAUCGAUACUCCUGGAUAUGGAGACACCAGAGGGAUUGAACAUGAUGACAUCAUCAGUCACAGAUUAUUGGACUUGUUUCGAUCAGAGGAUGGAGUCCAUGAAAUUAGUGCAGUGGGUCUGGUGAUGAAGGCGAGUGAUAAUCGACUUAGUGAUCGACUGAUGUACAUCUUUGAUUCAGUGACGUCUCUGUUUGGAAAAAACUUGGAGAAAAACAUUGUAGCUCUGAUCACACACUCAGAUGGAACAAAACCUAAAAACCCUCGUCAAGCUCUUCAAGCUGCAAACAUUAAAUGUGCCAAAAAUAGGAAGAAUAAGCCUGUUUACUUCCUCUUUAAUAACUGCCAGCAUGAAGAUCGAGCAGAAGAAAAUGAGUCUUUAAAAUAUUCAUGGAAAUUCACACAGGAAAACAUGAAUCAACUCACAGACUUCUUAGAAACAUCUAAUCCUCAAAAAAUGCUGACAACAGUCGAAGUGCUAAAUGAACGAAACAGACUAAAAGCCUGCAUCCAAAACCUGCAAGAGAGAAUCAAUUUGACUGAACUGAAACAGACAGAAUUUGGACAGAUCCGAGAAGCUCUGAAAAAACACGAAGAAAAACAGAAAGAAGAAAAGAAAAAGAUUGAAGAAGCUCAAAAAAUGUACGAAACUCUGAAGAGCCAAGGAGAACAGAAAAGUGAGCAAGCUGUAAAAAUCCAACAAACUAUAAAGAAACACAAAGAAGAGAUUAAGAGGAAUGAAAAGUUCACUGUAGAGGUUGAUGAGGUCUACAAAGAGAAAGUACGCAUUGAUGGUGGGAUGUGGGGUUUAGUUUUUUAUGAAGCAGCUGUCUGCUGUACAGUCUGUGAGGAGACCUGUCACUAUCCUGGAUGCACGAUGGCCUGGUAUCCUUCACAUUGUGAGGUCAUGAAAGAAGGCUGCUGCACUUCAUGUAAAAAAAAGUGUCCUACAUCAGAUCACGUGAAAGCAAAUUGGAGAUAUGUGACCAAGACAAGGAGAGUUAACAAGACCAAUGAACAAAUGAAACAGAAAUAUGAAAAAAAUGUGGCAGAAUGUGAGUUGAAGAGGAGUCAGUUAAAACCUCUUACAAAGGAAGUGAAGGAAAUAAUGAGAACAGCGACUGAUUCAUCACUGAACACAGACAAAAUGCUGCAGAAAUAUGAAGAGCAUCAAAAAGAAAGCGAAGAGAAGUCGAGCCUGUUAGAAAAUAUUGAACAGGAAAUGAUCCGACUGACAGCAGAGAGCUCACAGUUAUUGGAUGAGUCCUACCAACAUGUGGUCAGUCUGGAGCAGAUCGCUCUGAAAGCUGAUUCAUUUUCCACUAUUGUCCACUUGGACUUCCUGAUUGAGAAGAUGAAGGAGAAAGGAAACACAGAGAAGAUCCAGAAACUGGAGGAGAUGAGGAGCAGAGUGGAUGAAAAAAACAAAGCAGCAUAUUGGUACUCCCAACACACCAUCAGCUAUCAAAAACCUUUGGAAUGAGUGAAUCAUGUAAAGAAGCAUUAGGCAGCUUUGUAGAUGGCUUUUUUCCCCUGAUACUGCUCUAUGCUACAUGUUCAGAUGUACACCACAGGUUUUUUGGUUUUUUUCUUUUUGCGGACAGAUGGGAUAUUACUAUUAAAAAAAGCCUAUUAAAAAUGAAUCACUUAUUGAUAAUUGAUCAGUUCUGAUAUCUCUAUUGAGACAGCAGUCAAAGUUUGUUUCACAGUUUUUUGGUCCUAAGGAGAAGUUACUGUGGCUCAGUUUUUGUUUUAUUCAUCUGAUAUCAAAUGUGUACCAAAUACAACAUGUGGCUCCCUGUGCUUUGUUGAUUCCGGCAGAAAAAAGUCAGAAUUAUUUUCAAAAUUAUUCUCAUCUCAAGAAAAGUAUUGAAAAAAUUCCCCACAUAUGUGAGCAAUGUCAUUGAAUUUAUAUAAUUUAAACAUAGAAGAAAAAUAUAAAAAAAAAUUAAAAAAGAAAAUUGGGUUUUUCUCUGUAUCUAAUGUACAAUAUAAAGCGCCUUGAGGCGACUUUUGUUGUGAUUUGGCGCUAUAUAAACAAAAUUGAAUUGAAUUGAAAAUGAUUAACCAGUGAAAAAUGAUGACCUUUCCCUCAAAGGUCUCAUGUAGAGAGCUUUUAAUCAUGUCGUAAUAAUAUUUUGUAUUUUUAUGGUGGCUGAUUGUCAAUUGAAUGCGAGGAAUUUAUUUUUGAUGCAGACAUAGGGGCCUCCUUCUAAUACAAACAUCAUGUAUGCUUUCAUAUUUUAUCCAGUUAUUAAAAAAAUAUAUGAAUUCUCAUUUUUAAAAAUGAAUUAUUGCUUUGUCUUUGUUAAUAUACAUGUCACACAUACAUUUGUACUUAUGUAACAGCACAUAAUAAAUCUUACUACAAAAACCCAAGUGUGAGUUAUUAUGCAGAGCAGAGCUGGUCUGAGCUGCCAGCUAUGCUGUAAAUGCAGUGAGGACACCCCCUGCUGUUUAAUGAUCAGCACAACAGUGUGUGAGAACAGCUCCAAAGUCACUGUUUUCUCCACAACUACAUGUGUUUCUGUCACGUUGUUCUAAUGUUGUCACUGUGAGCUUUAUUCUGCUGCUCCUCCCAUGGUGACUCAGUAAAGUGGCUGUAGGACAGUAACAUGUCACUGACACGAUGCAGAGACAGUCCAACAUGUUGUUGUCUUCUAAUCAACAAAGUUUUUUUGCGACCCGGAAAGAGAAAUAAGAGUAAUAUUAAAACUAAGUAGCUGCCGCCAUUGUUGGAAAUUGGAAUUGGCUGGGCCGCGCUAUGAAUUCUGCGAUAUGGUUUUUCAGUUUUGUUGUCCGGGUGGAAAAUCGGGAGAAAUUCGGGAGAAUGGUGGCUCUGGGAGAUUUUCGGGAGGGGCACUGAAAUUCGGGAUUCUCCCAGAAAAAUCGGGAGGGUUGGCAUGUAUGGUUGUGGCAACAUCACUAACCUUGUCAAACACCUCAGAGUAAAUCAUAUCACAGAAUAUGACGAGCGUAUGUUGAGACGAACUGAAGAGGAGGACAGGGACAGGUGCUGCUAGGGCGAGACAGACGUCUCUCACGGAGUCCUUUAGUGUUGCAGGCAGGCAAGGUGUUCAAAUAGUGCACAAUUUCAGUUUGUUUUUUUUUUUAUGUAUGAUGAACUCUGCAUUAUUAAGUGAUAAGAACAAGUAAUCUGAUGUCCUGUAAUCAUUAUGACGCUAUAAUUUGAGAUACAAUAAAUAAAAUACGUUUUUGUACAAGGUAUCAUCGAUACCACCCUGAAUAUUACUUGGUAUCGGAUCGGAAAGGAAAUCAGUGGUAUCGUACAUCACUACCCUCUCGCCCUUAGUUCACGUGUAGUGUUUUGUUUCAUUCACCUCUUUCAUUGUGUGCCACUUUUGAGUGCCAAAUAAAUUGUUCGUUUGCACUAUA